CCACCGUGCCGAGAACGGACGCAUUCCGUUCCAAAGAAAACGUGUGCGAUAGAAAUCCGGAACGGAAAGUUGUGAACCGCAAGAUGUGACACGCUAGUGAUAUUUUUUUAUUAUUACUUGUUGUUGAUGUAUUAGAUUUAAUUAUUGUGCACCGAUACCAAAAAGAAAAUGAUCUUGUUCAAGUGUGUUCUAGUUUGUGCGCUGCUGUUUCUAGGCGCACAAUCGACUACCUCUAUAGAAUUAAGGAGUUACAUUUCUGGCGAAGGCCUGCACGGCACAAUCACCUUCACAAAGAUCAAAGAACAAGUACUAAUCUCGACGGAUUUGAAUACCACCCUCCAAUUCCCCGAACAAGUAUGGUCGUGGUACGUAACCGAGUUCCCGGUGGAUUAUACCCUAUUGGAAGAAAGGUGUCAUCCCAGAAUUCUCGGAAAAAAACUGGUGAAUUUGGAUGAUAUCUUCGGUUACUUGGUACUACCGGAUAAUCAAACCGCCGAGUAUUUGACCAACGAACUGAAAAUAAGCGGACCUAGUGGUGUUUACGGAAAGUCGUUGUUGCUGGAGAACAAGGAAACUGGAAGGACGAUCUGCGCUUCCAUAUCCGUGACUGACAAAACCAAAGAGAAAAUUGCUGUUGCCCGAUUUAAUACGCCGGUUUUCGGGAAUGUUUAUUUCAGAUGGUUCUCGACGAGAGACAACCACAGCGACAUGGUUAUCAGUACUGAUUUGUACCACGUUCAGAAUAAAGAAAAAUAUGAAAAGUCCUUGGAGGUAACUGAACACUUUUGGAAAAUCUACGUCACUGACAUCCUGGAAUCGGACAGUGACAAACCAGAAAACAGAAAUAAUUGUAACUUCUUGCAAUUGGUGUUUGAUCCUGCCAACGCUGGACAAGGCAAAGCCAUUGGUGAUAUUGAUUCAAGACUGGGAAAAGUUAAAAUUUCCACGAAUUAUAACAGAAAUAAAUACAAGACUUUAUUUAGAGAUACUGAACUUAAUUUAUUACCCAGCGAUUUAAAUGGGCCACAAAGGAGAUUAUACUUGGUAAUUUUUGAAAGGAAACAUCCUGAUACAUUCUUGGCUUGUGCCAAAAUCCGAUACGAACAUCCAGUAAACGCAAAAGUUAUUAUACAGUCUGGGGGUAUUAAAGGGGAAGUGAGGAUGACUCAACACAGUAAAUUCGAGCCAACGUUUCUCAAUUUUAAUUUAUCCACGUCUAAAGGGGACAUUGAAACGAAGCUAGUUUAUGGCGUUACUGUGGCAGGUUACAAAAUUCACGAGUUACCUACAAAGCCAGCAAAAACAGUAGGGCAGAAUGAAAAUGCUUGUUUAACAACCAAGUAUGUGUACAAUCCCAAUAAAUAUGAAAUUGGAAAUUCUCCUCCAAAUGGUUUUGGUACUCAGGAUCAAUAUGCAGUUGGUGACCUAUCAGGAAAACUGUUAAACAGGAACAAUGAAACGUUGUCAGUAGAAGGAAGCCAAGAAUUAACUGGAGAUUACUGGGACGUUUUCUUACCUUUGCAAGGACCUCAUUCAGUCAUACAUAGAUCAUUAGUGAUUUAUAAAAACACUCAAUAUCCAAUGUCUGGCCUAAUGGCAGAACCAUGGAUAUGCGGAGGCAUCCAUCUAUAUGAACCCAAUUUCAUUUAUCAAAAGCAAAUUUUCACUGCUCAAGUAUUAUUCCGCUAUCCCACAGUUGGCCGUAUGGUUAUGAGGCAAGUUAAAGAUGAACCGUGGUUAGAUACUACCAUUAUGAUAGAGUAUUUGGUACAUGCUGAUGGUGCUCAGUUAAAUAAUUCUGCUGAUCAUCGCUGGGCCAUUCAUGAGUUACCACCAGGCAAAGACUUUUACAAUUGGACCGCCAGGUGUGUUAGUGCCGGACAAGUCUUCAACCCUUACAACAUUGACUUUGAUAACAAAUCUACGGAAUCACUGACUAGGUGUAACUUGAAUCAAGUUGGAUUGUGCAGGUUGGGUGACCUGUCAACCAGACACGGAACUUUAGAAAUUGCAGGCAAAAUUGCCGACAGUGAUAGAAUAUCUAGAAAGUUUUGGACUGAUACGUUUCUGCCACUCACUGGUCCACAUACCGUAGUGGGUAAAUCUCUCGUCCUCUAUGAUGACCAUGGACCAAAAGCAAGAGGAGAAAGAUUAGCAUGUUCAAUAAUCGGAGGAGUAUAUAGAAGGAAAGCUGUUGUUAAAGACUGGUUUCCAAAUGGAUACGAUUUAACCGUAAAAGGGAAAAUAGAAUUCUUCCAACAGACCGAAUAUGAUAUAACGAAUGUGGAAGUCAGUUUAGAAGGUUUGAACGACAUGAGUGGCUAUCACAUACAUGUUGUACCAGUAGAAGAAAUUCUACAGUUCCCUUGCGAAGAGACAACCUUGUAUAAUCACUGGAAUCCUCUGAAUGUUGAUCCAACCUCAUCACCUAGAAGUUAUCUAGGAACGCCUGAUCAGUACGAAAUGGGCGAUCUCAGUGGUAAAUUUGGGUCCUUAGAUAAUCACACAAUCUAUAAAACAUUCUACAAUGACAGUAUGUUACCUCUAUUUGGACCUAGAAGUAUAUUAGGUCGAUCCGUCGUAAUACACAAGAAGGAUACAAGCCGAGCAGCUUGUUCUACAAUAGAACGUGGUUACAGCCCGUCAGAAGCUAGAGAACUUAGGGCGAUUGCUUCCUUCCAUCAUCCAUCUGGAUACGCCUAUGGAUAUAUGAAAAUGAGGCAACUCAUCUACAGUGAUGGAAGUAGUAGUGAUACUAGCAUAGAAGUCAAACUGAGAUAUCCUGGCAAAAAUGACAGAAAUAUUACAAGGAAUCACAAUUGGGCAAUUUACGUAAAUCCAGUAGGUGUUGAUGCUGCCGUUAAAACUACAGCUACCAGAUGUGUGGCUGGUGGAUACAUCUGGAACCCUUUCUUUACCCAGCUUGCGGAUCCCUUAAAUCAUGAUCUUUACAGACAAGAGUGUGGACCGGAAAAUCCCCUUCGUUGCCACGUUGGUGAUUUGUCAGCUCGUUUGGGUACAAUAGAUAUUGGUGUCAGGAGGAAGGUCUUUACAGAUUCUAAUUUCCCACUUGAAGGCGAUGUUACAGCCAUUGGAAGAUCUAUAGUAAUUUUAGGUCCAAAUGGAGGUGGUGAAAGAUACGCUUGUGCAAAUAUUGAACCUGAUUAUGAUAUAAUCAAAUAUGCAAAUAUUGAAAAACCCCCUAGAUUUGUGGUGGCUCAGUUUAUUGAUGACGUACGUGAAGUGAUGGGUAUUCCAGAAUGGUUCUUAACUGUUGACACAAGAAAAACGAAAACUCUUCACCAAGAUGCUUGUGUUCAACUUUUAUUGCAUUUCAAGGGACCGAUAGCGAAUAAGUUAGAACAAGAUUUCAGUAGAUUGAUCUCAAUAGGGCGAUUAGAAGCUCCUAGUUUAUACAUUCCAGGGUACUUCAACCCUAAGAGGAAAGCAAAGCUUCCUUAUAAACAGUGCGGUGUCAGGGAUCCCAACGAUAAAUCUAGCAAGAAAAAAAAAGGAUUUUUCUUUGGACUGACUUCAUCAAAUGGAAAUAUGAUUAUUCCUAGCAUUGUUUCAAUUAUUUUAAUACAUGUAAGUUAUUUAUUUUUUACGUAAGAUAAACAUUUAUUUAAGUUAAUGUGUAUAUAUGUAUGUAAAAUAAAUUAAAUUCUGUACUAUAAA